AUGGCGGUGGAAGGGUGGGAUCUUCAGGAGCAAGCUGUGCACCCAGAAGGUGGUUUCUUUUAUGAAACAUUUAGAGACAUUUCUAUUGUCCUACCCUUGUGUCAGCUCCCACCAGACUACAAGGUUGAACGACUUGUGAGUACAUCUAUUUACUUCUUGCUUCCUGCUGGGAAUGUUUCACGCCUUUAUCGCAUACCAUGUGCAGAAACAUGGCAUUUCUACCUGGGAGAGCCUCUUACGGUAAUGGAGCUGAAUGAGGUAGAUGGAAAAGUCAAACUUACAACCCUUGGACCCAAUUUCAUUGGAGAGGAUCAGCAACCCCAGUACACAGUGCCUCCAAAUGUUUGGUUUGGUGCAUUUCCUACAAAAGACUUCAACAUUUCACCAGAUGGGACUGUAACACAAGCUGCUCCAAGGGAUUCCGAGACCCACUACUCUCUUGUGGGAUGCACUUGUGCUCCAGCUUUUCAGUUCCAGGAUUUUGAGCUGGCAAAACGCUCAGAGGUCAUCAAAAACUUCCCUGAUAGUGAGCCUCUUAUAACAUUGCUAACAGAUCCUGAAAAAGCAUAGGCUUUUGCUGCAGUAGUCUUAUACCUCUACAUGUUAUAGUCUUGUAAGCUGGAAGCGAUUGAAAUUUGAAAUCCCAUACUUAUGCAAUAUGCAUUGCUUCUGAUGAGUUUGGAUCUACCAUGUGAAAUAUUGGAUUCGGUCCUCAAUAUAUGCAUGUAAUAAUGCAAUGAGAAGGUAUCAUACUGGAAGUGAUUUGACAU